CCAAAAAAUUACGUCGUAAAAAAAUUUUUGACAGAUCUGUCAAUUUGUAUAGCAACAACGUGAUGUGUUUUAUUUUUAUGGUGAUCGUGUAAUUUUCAACAAUUUUUAGUUAACUAUUGUGUUAAAAAAAACUUUAAUGUGAAUUUUAUACGUGUUUUUCGUUGUAUGAUUGGAAGUAAUAUUUUUUUUUGAUAAUCUAAUAUAAAAAAAAUGUCGGAGAAAACGAGUCAAGGUUUUCAGCCCCCCGUAAAAAUUGGCCAUUACAUAUUGGGGCAAACGUUGGGCGUGGGUACGUUUGGUAAAGUAAAAAUUGGCGAACAUCAAUUGACGAAGCACAAAGUUGCAAUUAAAAUAUUGAAUCGACAAAAAAUAAAAAGCUUGGAUGUUGUGGGAAAAAUUCGUCGAGAAAUACAAAAUUUAAAGUUAUUUCGACAUCCUCAUAUAAUUAAAUUAUAUCAGGUUAUAAGCACACCAACGGAUAUCUUCAUGAUUAUGGAAUAUGUGUCUGGUGGGGAACUUUUUGAUUACAUUGUUAAACAUGGAAAAUUACAAGAACACGAAGCUCGUAGAUUUUUUCAACAAAUCAUUUCAGGAGUUGAUUAUUGUCAUAGACACAUGAUAGUGCACCGUGAUUUAAAACCUGAAAAUCUCCUUCUCGAUCAUAAUAUGCAUGUAAAAAUUGCUGAUUUUGGUUUAUCGAAUAUGAUGAUGGAUGGAGAAUUUUUACGAACAAGUUGUGGUUCACCCAACUAUGCAGCACCUGAAGUUAUUUCAGGAAAACUUUAUGCCGGUCCUGAAGUGGAUAUUUGGUCAUGCGGAGUAAUUCUUUACGCCUUACUUUGUGGAACUUUACCUUUUGAUGAUGAACAUGUUCCCACUUUAUUUAGAAAAAUCAAAUCAGGAAUUUUCCCAAUUCCUGAAUAUUUAAAUAAAUCAGUCGUUGAUUUAUUAUGUCAAAUGUUACAAAUUGAUCCAAUGAAACGAGCAUCAAUUGAAGAUAUUAAAAAACACGAAUGGUUCCAAAAAGAUUGUCCUGCAUAUUUAUUUCCUUCACCAGUUGAACAAGAUUCUUCUGUUAUUGAUACCGAUGCUGUAUUUGAGGUUUGUGAUAAAUUUGGUGUAAAAGAAAACGAAGUUCACAGCGCUCUUUUAAGUGGUGACCCUCACGAUCAACUCGCAAUAGCUUAUCACUUAAUAAUUGAUAACAAGAGGAUUGCAGACGAAGCUGCCAAAGCUGAAAUGAAAGAUUUUUUCGUUGCCGGUAGUCCUCCUCCCGUUAGUAUGAGUCCAAGUCCAUGCGAUUUUAGUUCAAGUCCAUUAAAACCACACCCUGAACGUAUUGCUCCAUUAAGAGAUAAAGUUAUUGCGUCUGGACAAAUUGGCGCAACUGAACGUGGAAGAGUUAAAAGGGCUAAAUGGCACUUGGGAAUACGUUCCCAAAGUAAACCAAAUGAUAUUAUGAUGGAGGUUUAUAGAGCAAUGAAACAUUUGAAUUUCGAAUGGAAAGUUAUUAAUCCGUAUCAUGUGAGGGUUAGGGAAAGAAAUAAGUUGCAUGAUAGAUAUGCUAUGAUGUCUUUACAAUUAUAUCAGGUUGAUAAUAAAAAUUAUUUAUUGGAUUUUAAAAGUUUAAGUAAUGAAGAAUCCGAGCAAAACUCAGCCGCUUUGGCUUCGGUCGCAACUCCAGUACAAAUGGGUCAACAGGUAACAGCUCCUUUAAAAACCAGUGGUCAUCAUACAAUGGAAUUUUUUGAAAUGUGCGCUGCUCUUAUUAUUCAAUUGGCACGUUAAGAUUUAAAAUACCUGUCCCAACAAUUUUUCUUUAAUUUUUUUAGUAGCAAUUUUUAACUAUUAGGAUUAGAAAUCCUUAAAAAUUUAAAAUAUUUUUAUUUCUGUGCUGUCCGUUUAGAUUUUUUAGAUGAACAUGAAAGUGUAUAUAGAAAGGAAAAUGUAGAGGUGUAAGUUUAUUUAAUUUUUAUUUUUGAUUUUCAAGAAGGCUUGUACAAAAAUAUAUAUAUGCAUAUUUCAAUCUAUCUUAACCUAUAUUAAUUAUAACCCAGAAAUAAAUUAUAAUCUAAAAUUUGAA